AUGAACAAUUCGAACGAGUCGUACGUCGGGGACCCGAUGGUCUCCCAGCCCGAACAUGCAUACCAUCAGACCAUCCCCACCAAUAAUCAGUUAGAACAUAACCCAAACAUGCAAACCACGCGGCUCCCAGUUCCGACCAUGCAGCCGCAGCAUAUUAAUCAAAAUCAAAACAGCGUCAUGUCUCCUCAAAUGAGCGAUACAGCAAGUAUGAAAACGGAAUCGCCGGCCGAAAUAAAGAACCAAAUGCCUAAUACUCCAGGUUCAAUGAAUUCUAUGUCGGCGGAUAGCGAUAUGCAGAGGAACGCAUCGAUCGUCUCUGCGACCAAAGUUGCGGAGGUUUUAAAAGUUGCUGGUGAAGCGUUUCAGCGUCUCGGCGAAUGCACAAUGUUUUUGGAUUUCCACAGUGUAAAUAACAAGUCAAAGUGGAUGCCCAGUGACGUCGAUAAGCUUCAAGAAGCGGUUCAGAACUUUAAGGACGAUUUGGGAACUAUAAGUAACACGAUGCAAAAAAGAACAAGCCAAAAACUCAAAGAAAACCUGCACAAACAUUUUGGGAACAGUGUCAAUAACCGAAUGCAAACCGAUCAAAUGACGAAAAAGCCGAGAAUGCAACAGGUGGCAAGUCCUGCUGGUCAAGCGCAAAGUCAGCUACGGCAAAAUAACUCGAUGGGUGCAAAUCAAAAGACAAUGAACCCGCACCUUCAACAACCGAUGCAGCAGCAACAGAGUCAGACGAGCCAACAACAACUCAGCCAGCAAGUAGCGCAGCAAGGACAUCAGAUUCAACAAACUAAUCAACAACAACAGAAUCAACAGCAGCAGCAGCCAAGACUCAGCGGAUCUGUUCCGAUGAGCCCUGGACAAAAGUUCCUUUUAGAGCUUGACUCGGCUGAAAACCAAAAUCCGACGCUCCAAAUGCAACGCGGCCACUCUCAGCAGAAUGCCCCUCUGCAGCACCUUCCCCGCAGCGGCCAGUCCGGCAGCCAGUCAAACUAUAUCGUCCAAAGCCCUGGAUCAGGGCAAAGACUCAUCCAAACUAGCCAGCACCAAGAUAACCAGCAACAGCCAUCGUCCCGCGUGGUCUCGACCGCUACAACUAUGGUUCUCGGCUCUGACCAACAAAAGGGUGGUCAGCAAUACACGGUCAAGCAAACAAUUAUCGACGGGAAAAGGACGUUGAUUCUUGAUCACAGCGAUCUGCAGCGGUUGAUUAACAGCAAUUCCGGAAAUGCACCCGCUUCUUUGAUUCUGCCGACGACUUCAUCCGUUGACUCAAAUGGACAGAACCAAACUGUUAUGGUGAUGACGAGUCAGCCCAGCAAUCAGAACGGUGCCCGGCAAAACCAGUAA